UAUUCGAUUAUUGUUUAGCUAACAGCCUCUUAUGCGAACUUCAACUUGUAUACAAGUGAAAUACAUACAUUUAUUGGCGGUGGAGGUGGGGUUUGGAUAAUUGUGUUGUCUGUUAUAUGCUUAUUUCAUUUGUUCCCUCUAUUCUCCCAGACUCUGUCGAACCCAUGCUCCCAAAAAUCAAAUGUAUUUAACUGUGUGCGUAUGCGAUAUCGAAACAAGUACCACAACUCCUGCUGGGGGCAUUGCACUCAAGGUGCGUGGGUGCGUGAACCAACACUUUUGAAUGCCUAAGCACCCACCCAAGAAAGGCGCCGGAAACGCAGCAUCCGGUGACACAGGACAUGCGCAGUGGCCUUUUUGGUAGUUGAAUUUUGGUCAACAGCGUUUGAAAGAGCUGAGAGCGGAGGACCAUGGCCUUUUCCCGUCACAACAUCGAGAAGCGCCGACUCAUCGAGCUCGUACGACUCAACCCUAUCCUCUGGGACUGCCGCCUACCGCACUACAAGCGCUCGGACAAGCGAAAGGCCAUCAAAUGGAACGAGCUGGGGCGGCUCUUCAACGUCAAUGGGGAGCGUGUGCAGCGCACGUUUACUUCUCUCCGCGAGAUCUUCCGCCGGGAGUUGAACCACGAAAAGAUGCUGGGCACUACGCGAUUCAAGUCCAAGUGGGAAUACUACGAUGCCAUGGCCUUCCUCAAGGAGGUCAUUCGGGAGCGCAAAUCCCGCGAGCGCAUCAAACACAGUUCUUUGGAUCACGCAUCAGUGACCACAGGCAUUAACAACAACAGCAUCAAUACCACCAACAACAACAACAGCGUAAGCCGCAAUAGCAGCAACAACAACAGCAGCGGUGCGGUCCUUGACGAAUAUCAGUACUUUGCUCCCAGCGACCCCAACAACCCGAACAAUCAGCCGCAGCCCGACAUAAAGAGUAGUCUGGCAGUGACUACUAGCAGUCUAGGUCUCAGCCUUAGUCAGUUGCCAGCUGCCCUGCAGCAGCAGGCCCAGCACCUCCAAGCCCUACAGUUGCAACCGGACGUGACACUGACCUCCCUGCAGAAACAGCCUCUGGCCACUUCCCUUUCCAUUACCACACCCGUGCCCUUAACACAAACCUCGCCCGCCCAGGUGUUGUCCAGCUCGCGCUCCUGCAGCUCUUCGCCUUCCAUCUACAUAAAGGACGAGCCGUGUUCUCCGUUAGCGGGUUGCCCGGAAGAAGGGAUGACCGGAAAUGGACAAGAGGCGACGCGGAAAAAGCUGGCCACAAUUCGUCCGCAGACCAAACAGCAACUGAAAGCGCGUCUGCAGAUGCCCACGCCCAAAAACUCAUCCGCGUACCCUACGUCACCUCCCCAUUUGAUCAUUAAUGCCAACAACGAGCUUAUUGACACCGACGCCGGAGACCUGGAGGAGGAUCUGGACGACUUCGACGAGGACGACGACGUGACCGGACACUGCUCACCAAUCGUCGGUCAGUCGGACAUGAUGGGUGCCGACGGCAGACUCUCGGUCGGAAGCAUUUAUAUCGGAGAGGGUGGCGACUGUGGAAGAGGUCUGGGUAGAGCACACACUCAAGCGCGACACGUGCCUACCUCCAGAGAGCUGCUCUACAUGAAAUUUGGUGAAUUUCUUGCCGCCAGAUUGAACACUUUGCAUGAGACUGUAGCUAAUGAGCUGAUGAACAAGAUGCUGCUGCUAAUCGCGGAAAAGUGAGGAAAGGGGGAAUCGAUGUCGACUACAAAAUGAUGGAAUAUGGAGUGGCGUAGUCCAAGUCUCAGGGCGCCAGACCGGAAGCCCAGGCAGAAGAUGCUGUGCCGGAAGCCUUGCAUGCCAACGGCCAGUGGGACACAUUACCACAUCAUUACGAGACCGCGGGGAACAACUUGACCUCCAAAAGGCCCAAAAGCUGCAGUUCGGCUCCGAUCAUCAAGGCGACAUCGUAUUAGAUAACGCAUUAAGUUGCACGAAUCAAGUCUGUACUAUGUGCUAUAUAAGCAACUCUAUAUAUAAUAGUCUAUUAUUAAAAUCAAUGGAAUAGUCUUUAAAUCAAAACAGUUCAUAAAAUGCGACAAA